AUUGCCACUCUGAAAAACGAAGUUGGUACUUGUUGACUGCAUGUAUUCGCUACCUUUCGCUCAUGAGUGACUGACUGAAGGUGAUUUGUAGCCGAAACCAAACUUGGCCAUAAAAGACAAGAGACUAGAGGACCCUUUGUAAGUCAGUGAUCUGACUCUUAGCCCACAAGGGAAUAUUCUCCAUGGCUUCUGGAGCUGCACAAACAUUCCAUUCCACUAAGGAGACAACUAAUUACGCCCGAUUAUGCCGGCUUCUGGUUGAUGUCAGUUCACAGGUCCUGAGAGAGACUUUUGACAAGAAGCGUCCACCAGGAAAGCUGGAUACAGUUUUGUCAAGUCCUCCAGUUCACAAAGCUCUACAACUACUCAAGAAAAAAAAGGUUUUGAACCCAUCCCAAUGGGGAAAACUGUAUCCUGCGAUCAAAUCUUCAGUUUCAUCGCAGCAUUUCGAUAUCACUCUACUAAUGGUUCUGCUGAGGAAUAUCUGUGGCCUUGUUCCCCCGGCAACCGGCUGGAACACACUUCCUCCUGCAGCAGACACAACCCUCGAGGCAGAUAUCAUUCGUAUCAAAUAUUACAGAGACAAAGUUUAUGGCCAUGCUAUUGAGGCCUCAGUUGAUGAUGCAUCAUUCAAUCAACACUGGAUGGACAUCCGAGGUGCAUUGGUGAGACUGGGAGGGGCAAGAUACCAAGGCGAUAUCGAUAAUCUAAAAAAGGAAGGGAUGGACCCUGAAAUUGAGGAACAUUACAAAGAGCUUCUUAAACAAUGUGUCAUGGAUGAGGUGAGCAUCAAGAAAAGAUUGGAUGAAAUUGAAAACUUCGUCAGGAACCUGGAGGAACGGAGAGAAUCCAAAUUAAAUCCUGAAGCUGUAGCAGCGUACAGAAAUGCAUUGAAAGAAUCAAUCAAAAGCCAAACUGAGUUCCACACUGUAGCCUCUCCCACUUUGUCUAAGGUAAGAACAGAUGACAUAUUCACAAGUAUUCUCAUACAACACGGACGAAAACCAGUAGAAGACCUUGAUGUGGAAAGAAAGGAACACCUUCAUCAGUACGGUCAAGUGAGUAAAAAACCAAUCAAACACUGUCAAGAUAUUUUUACUUCUGAUACCGAUCGUAGUGCGGAAAGGGAUCCCAAAUCUGUUCUAGUCACUGGGAAAGCGGGAAUUGGAAAAACGCUGUUUUGUCAAAAGUUAAUUCGAGAUUGGGCUUACGACAAACUGUUUCUAUCGCAACAAAAUUUGCGCAUUCCUGAUUUCAAGUUUGCUUACCUGCUGACAUUUCGUCAAUUGAAUUUACUCGGAAACAACUGCGUUACCCUGAGGGAAAUCUUCAACAGAUCUUCAGUGCUAGACGACCGCUCCAGUAUCGACGACUCUUUAUUUGAGUAUAUUGUUGAGCAUUCUGGAGAGGUUUUGAUCAUCAUUGACGGGUAUGACGAGUAUGCACAACAACAUUUUAUCGCAAGAGAUGUGGAUGACCGGUAUCCGAAUGACGCUCAUGAGAAAAUGCCAGUAGCAGCUCUGUGUGCCAAAUUAAUCAAAGGGAAAAUCCUGAGAGGCUCGGUUGUCAUGAUGACAUCAAGACCCGAUGAGUCUGAUGAGAUCAAAGACACAAUUGCUUUUGACCGUUGCGUGGAAAUUACAGGAUUUUCCGAGCAACAAGUAAAGGAAUACAUCGAGAGGCAUUUCCAAGAAAAUGAAGUUAUGAAGAACGUUAUAAUGGAUCACAUCACAAAGAAUGACAAUCUUGUCAGCUUUGCCCACAUUCCAGUUCUCUGUUUUCUGAUGUGUUCUUAUUUUGAAUAUAUCUUAAAGGAAUCGAUGAAUACUGACGCUCUCCCCGUCAAUAUGAGUGACAUUUAUUUUGAAGUAGUUAAUAUGUUUUUGAGAAAACAUUGCAAAAAGAGAGGAACCCCUCCCAAAGUAACACUGGAGAAGUUGUCAAAGUUGGCAGCUGAUUUUCUCUCGGAGAAUAAGUUUCUCUUCGCUGUCGAAGAUAUGAAUAACUUUGCUCCCGAAGAAGUCGAAAGUUUGAGAGCAAGCGGCCUCCUUCAUUGCGGUCCUAUUUUUAGGAAAACAUUUUCUGAAACGACCAAGUACUUUUGUUUCACACAUUUAACUCUCCACGAGUACCUAGCAGCUCAAUGCUUUGUGGAGAGCAAAAAAAUCCCCUCCCUUGGGGAUGUGUCAGAAAUGGUAUUCAUAUUCAUGUCCGGAAUCUUAUCAAAGCAAAACGACACAGCUUUAAUGCAAACGUUGAUCGAAAGUCUCGAUCCGCAGUCCUCGAGAAACCUGCUAACUUUAAAGUGUCUCACAGAGUACCAAGACAUAGAAUUUGCGCAGGGGACAGUAAAGAGACACUACAGUGGAUUCUGGGACCAUGAUGGAGACAUUAGAUUUGAGAAGGUGGUUAAUUUAGACUACAUUGCUGUGUCUUUUCUGUUAGAUGUCAUUAGCUCAUUGAAUGUUGUGGAAACUUCUCGAAAGAAUCAAACAUAUCUUCAACAGACACGUAUGCCGUUGGUCAAACGGCUGAAUCCCUUAAGGUGGACGUGUUUUAGAAGGAAUGCAGAGCAAACCGCUGGUAGGAAUCAGCCAUCCCCUUAUCACUCACCAAUACCUACACGGUUAACAAUCAGGUGGGUUUUUCUAUCUCAGACUGGACUAAGAAGAAUCUGCAAAGCGCUUCAGAAUGAGUUCUGUCCCAUUACUGGACUAGUCCUACAAGGUUUUGGGUCUUUUUUCGAAUGGGUCCUUAUAAUUAGAGAGAUGUUGCCACUAUCUAAUUUACUUGAACUGCGUUUGCUCAGUUCUCGGGUCACCGAUGCUGGUGUUGUCAGUCUAUGUCAAGCACUGCAGACAGCAACAUGUCAAGUCACCACAUUACAUCUGAGUGGUAAUCAGAUCACCGAUGCUGGUGUUGCCGGUCUAUGUCAAGCAUUGCAGACCGAAACAUGUCAAGUAACGGAUUUAGAUCUAAGUAGAAAUCGUAUCACCGAUGCUGGUGUCGUCAGUCUAUGUCAAGCAUUGCAGACAGCAACAUGUCAAGUCACCACAUUAGAUCUCAGUAAUAAUCAGAUAACCGAUGCCGGUGUUGACAGUCUAUGUCAUGCACUGCAGACAGGAACAUGUCUUGUCAACACAUUACAUUUAAGUUGUAAUCAGAUCACCAAUGCUGGUGUUGCCAGUAUAUGUCAAGCACUGCAGACAGCAACAUGUCAAGUCACCACAUUACAUCUUAGUAACAAUCAGAUCACCGAUUCUGGUGUUGUCAGUCUAUGUCAAGCACUGCAGACAGCAACAUGCCAAGUCACUACAUUGCAUCUUAGUUGGAAUCAGAUCACCGACGCUGGUGUUGUCAGUUUAUGUCAAGCAUUACAGACAGCAACAUGUCGAGUCACCACAUUAGAUCUGAGAAUGAAUCGGAUCACCGACGAUGGUGUUGUCAGUCUAUGUCAAGCAUUACAGACAGCAACAUGUCAGGUCACCACAUUACAUCUGAGUUGGAAUCAGAUCACCGAUGCUGGUGUUGUCAGUCUAUGUCAAGCAUUGCAGACAACAACAUGUCAAGUCACCACGUUACAUCUGAGUGAUAAUUAUAUCACCGAUGCUGGUGUUGGCAGUCUUUGUCAAUCAUUGAAAACGACAAAUUGUCAAGUCAGGUCAUUAAAUCUGGAUGGAAAUAGUAAGAUCACCAAGGCCGGUGGGAAGCUCCUUCGAAAUCUGUUGAAGAAACAAUCUCAUCUUGACUUGACCUGUCAUCCAUACAUAUAGAUGAAGUGACAGAUCACAAGUGCAGCAACAUUGAUUUACAUAUCAGCUGAAAAAACUAGGAAACAAGUCAAAGUAGGGUUUAAAUGAAAAGCACGAAAAUUUAUUGCAUAUUCCAUAUCAUUAUUUUGGAUAACCAGACUUUUAUAAUGCGCAUGCCCAGGAGUACAGUCAAGCGUUUCUGCGGUUGGCGAUCUGUAAAAGUAAACUUGGUGUUCCGCUAACUUUUGUUGCGUUUUCAAAGUAGAAACUCCGUUUUCAGAUUUUUAAGGCAAAGUGUAAAUGAGGGCUUCUUUCAGUUUGCUAGGAUGUUAAUCUGGACACACACAUUGUUCUCUUCAUUGUUGCCUUCUGUUUCCAUACAAGAAAAAGUUUCGGCUGAUAAAGUGUAUUAAAAAUCUACUGAUUUCGUUUUCGGAUAAUUCAAUCAUUGCUACAUCAAAAAAAAAUUUAAACAAAACAAAAGCAAUUAAAAACCAUUUCGCUUUAAGCAAAGUACUUCUUUGUGAAAUGUCUCUAAGCGUUGAAAAAGAUUCUAUGAAAAUAUAAAGUGCUAGCAAAAACAACGGAUUCGCAUAACAAGGUGUUGACACAUGUAUCUCUAUUUAUCCAAAUGUUGGAACCCAAGCCACUUCUCAGCUAAUUAUCUUAGCUCCUUCCCAGGAAACGAACGAAGCAGCUUAUCAUUCCGCCAAAACACACAAAGGCAGUAACGUCAGUGACUUCGAUCGCAAUUAUAAUGCUAUCGUUAUCUGCCGCUUCUUACUUCACUUUGCUCCAUUACAUAUGCUACAAAAGCAACCAUUUGACCUUUAUUACCUUAUUAUAACCCAGUGUGCAAAAGAUUUGUCAUCAACAAAGAGCGAGUAUAAAGGGUGCGAACUGAAAUAUUAAAACGGUGAUCACUCGAACGCGUAGUCUGUAUCAGUGACCCAAGCUUCCCCCGAUUAAAAUGUAACUUCUCCUCGCGAGAUCAAUAAAAAACAACAAAGAAAGAGAACAAUGAUGUUCGAAAAGUAACCACAACAAUAGUACCUAGUUCUA